UAUUCAUUUUAGUUUCAGUUUUGUUCUGUCGCGUAGCAGUUCAUUUUGCUAACGGUUAAACUAAUAAGGGAAAAAUAAAAUUAGAAGCCUUGACGCUACUACGACUCAACAUGAAUAGUAACAUGGGAUUUGUGGAGCGUAUGCGCUGGCGGCUGAAUACCAUCGAGCAUAAAAUACAACAAUAUCGCCAGACGACCAACGAGACGGUCAUCGCCGAUACGGAAUACGGCAAAGUGCGGGGUGUUAAGCGGUUGUCCACUUACGAUGUGCCCUACUUUAGCUUCGAGGGCAUACCCUAUGCCCAGCCACCCAUUGGAGAGCUACGUUUCAGAGCGCCGCAAAGGCCGACGCCAUGGGAGGGUAUCCGAGAUUGCAGUCAGCCCAAAGAGAAGGCGGUGCAGGUGCAGUUUAUGUACGACAAGGUGGAUGGUGCCGAGGAUUGCCUCUACUUAAAUGUCUACACCAACAAUCUAAAUUCUGCCAAGCCACGCCCGGUCAUGAUCUGGAUUCAUGGCGGAGGAUUUCUUACAGGCGAAGCUACUCGUGAGUGGUACGGUCCUGAUUAUUUGAUUAAAGAGGACGUAGUGCUGGUGACCAUUCAAUAUCGCUUGGGUGCUUUGGGAUUCCUCAGCUUGAAGACACCUGGAUUGAAUGUGCCCGGCAAUGCGGGUCUUAAGGAUCAGGUGUUGGCACUCAAGUGGAUCAAGAAUAACUGUGCCAGCUUUGGCGGAGAUUCCGACUGUAUUACCGUCUUUGGCGAAAGUGCUGGCAGUGCCUCGGUGCACUAUAUGAUGCUGACGGAUCAGACACAGGGUCUCUUCCAUCGCGCCAUCUUACAGUCAGGGAGCGCGAUCGCUCCUUGGGCCUACAAUGGUGACAUUACUCAUCGGGCUUACACAAUUGCAAAACUUGCGGGAUACAAGGGUGACAAUAAUGACAAGGAUGUUUUACAGUUCUUGAAAAAUGCUAAGGCUGGAGAUUUAAUACGUGUUGAGGGAAAUGUUCUGACCCAACAAGAACGCGCCAAUAACGUUAUGUUGGCCUUCGCACCCUGCUUGGAACCUUUUGCCACGCCCGAAUGUGUGGUGCCCAAGCACCCAAUCGAUAUGAUGAAAACCGCAUGGAGCAACUCUAUUCCCAUGAUGAUUGGCAACACUUCUUAUGAGGGUUUGUUCUUUAUGCCAGUGAUUAAACAAAUACCACAGAUGACAAUGCAAUUGGAUGCCGGCGCUCCAUUUGUUCCAAAAGAGCUGGCGGAAGUCAGCCAAGAGAAGAUGGGAGAAUGGGCUGAAAAGAUUAGGAAAGCGCAUGUUACAAGUGAAAAGGCUACGCCGGAUAACUACAUGGAUCUAUUAUCGAUGUACCAUUUCAUUUUUCCGGCUUUGCGAGUGGUACGUUCCCGUCAUGCUCAUGGAGCUGGUUCACCCGUCUAUUUUUAUCGCUAUGAUUUCGACUCGGAAGAGCUAAUAUUUCCUUAUCGCCUUUUGCGGUUUGGGCGUGGAGUAAAGGGUGUAAGUCAUGCCGAUGAUUUGACAUAUCUGUUCAGCAGUUUGUUGGCUCGUCGCUUACCCAAGAAGAGUCGUGUGUAUCGCAAUAUUGAGCGCACUGUGGGUAUCUGGACACAGUUUGCGACCACCGGUAAUCCCAACAGCUCUAAAAUUAAUGGUAUGGAUAUGAUCACUUGGGAUCCUGUGCGAAAAACCGAUGAUACAAUCAAGUGCUUAAAUAUCAGCGAUGAUUUGAAAUUUGUAGAUUUGCCAGAAUGGCCUAAGGUUAAAGUAUGGGAAAGUAUGUUUGAUGUUUGA